AUGCUUGUUCAUCGCACUCGACUUGGCUUCAUUUUUCUUAUGGUUUUGACAAUGUCGAUGGCAAAACGCAUCUCACAACGAAGGCAUAUUCGAAAAGUGUGCAAGGAUGCGCCCAAUAUGCGUGAGCAACUGGCUGAAUGGUUGCACGAAUCGCUGGAAGGCGGCAAAUUCGACGAUUCGCCUAUUGAGCAGUGGAGCAGCUCGGACAAUGAGCCAGAAAUAUGUGCAAAACCACCGAAUUUGGUCAAUUCAAUUUCGAUAAUGGAACGCGCAUUGUGUCCUUGGGAGUCAAGAGUAAACUACGAGGAAACACGAGAACCGAAAAUUAUCGCCGAAUCGGUUUGUCUGUGUCGGAAAAGUCGUGGAUCGACCGGCGCUUUUUGUAUGCCGAUUGUUCGAAAUGUUCCUGUCCUUCGACGAGUGUCUUGCGAUGUCAAAACGGGUUACUGGAAUUAUGCCAAAAGUACUGAAAGCAUUAUCGUAGGAUGUCACUCGGUCCUGCCGCGAACUCAUCGAGCAAUUCGAUUGGCCGAAAUCGGGGGUGACGAUUCUCCCGUAUAA